AUGUCGACCUUCUGGUUCUUAGUAACAGUGAUUGUUAUAAUGGUGAAUUUGGCUUCAAACACAAUGGUAUACCGUUCCAUCUCAGACUUAAUAACUUUUACAUACACAAUCACAGAUACUCUGUCAUCUUUGCAGCUGGUGCUACCGAUGGGGGUAUGCAUUGUAACUGACCAUCAAAACCUGCGGCGUUACUUCAAGGAGCUGAAGUACGCAGAUGCUCAUCUACAGUCGAAGAAAGAAGACAACAUGAAGACAUUGGGAGGAUUCCUGCUGGCUGUAUACCUGACUGUGGCAGUUGCAGUUUUCGCCACUAGUGGUCUAAAGACUGCCCGAAUGUAUUCGUGCCUGCUAAUAAUAUAUUUUUUAUUCUUCGACAUUUUGGUGACGCUGCAGUUCGUUCUGCUGGAACUCGAGCUGUGGGCGCGCUUCCGCUUCCUGCAUUCCCGCCUGCUUGAGAUUGUCCCACCGCGCCACACACCGGCGUCGCUGUUUCGACCCACGAGGUCACUGUCUCCACCUCCCAGCAGACUUCGCCAGUUGUUAGAGGCGUACUUGGCACUGGGUCGCGCUGCCCAGCUGCUGCAGGACCACUUCGGAGCGCCGGUGGCUGUCACUGUAGCGCAGUCGGUGUGCUGCUCCACUCGAAGCGCCUACGAAGUGCUGCUGAAACAGCUGCAGCCUCAGUGGACCUCACAGCUGCACCUCAGCUCUUCGGUGGGCAACUCAUUCAUGUGGUUUGCGACUCACUGGCUACGACUGUCCACCGUCGCGCUGUCGUGUGCGGCGGUUGAACAAGAGGCGGCUGCUGCCACUGCCCUCUUCCUCAGGGCCUCUGUGGCGUCUGAAGGUCGCUGUCCAGAACUGGAGGCCUUCUUGCCUCUCCUGGUACACAGUCCUCCACUGCGCUUCUCUGCCGCCGGCUUCUUCACGGUCGACCGCCGGCUGCUGGUGUCAACACUAGCCCUUGUCGUCACUUACGUCGUCAUCUUGGCUCAGAUUACCCCGGCACAGUAA